ACUUUACGAGUGUCCUGAUUGAUUGCGAGGAAUGUAGACGUAUUGGUCAUCACUAAUGACUCACGUGAUAGAAAAUUUUUUCCGGAAAACUUGCGAUUUCCGGAAUAACGUUAUCUCUGAUUCACGCUAAAUGUCUGCAGGCCAUGUGAAUUGCUCAAUUCUAUUGUUUUCAUUGGAGAGCGAAAUUGUCAGUUUAUUUAUAAUGAAACAAGCCACCGUCAUCUCGCAGUUUUUACCAUUGAUCUUGAUUGAUUUGAUCGAAUAUUUUUAAUAUCUGAGACAUCGGUGCUAAAUUUUCAAGUGAUCCGUUGUUUUUUUUUUUUUUCAACGUGCGGAAAUAAUCAGUAGAUAAAAAAUCCGGCCCCGAUGUUAUUCGAUAAAGCAAUUUUCAUCCUGGACCUUUUGCAGGUUGAUUAAAAAUGUUCGACUUUUCUUUAUCAGAAUUUUUGGUGGUUUGUGGCAGUGUUCUACUCGUAGUCCUUCUUCUGACCGAAAUCCUCGAUUGGACCCAACUAUUCGCUCCUCUGGACUGCCAGCACUCUCCGGUCUUCGUAUUCGGAUACGGGGACCAUAACGGACCUCACACAUGGAAACUAUCGUACCCAGAAAGCGGAGGAAAUUCUCAAUCUCCGAUCAACAUCGUGACACGUGCAGCCUGCGUUGUCCAGCCCAGCGAAUCGUUGAAAUGGCGAGGAUACAGCGUCCAACCCUUGUCCAUGACGAUGGCGAACGACGGUAACGGUGUAUCAAUCUGCGCUUUGUGGUCGCGAUGUUCGAGGCCGAGUAUUCAAGGAGGUCCGCUCUGCGGCAGCUACGACUUUUACUCAAUGAUGUUUCACUGGGGACCCUCGGACGUUGAGGGUAGCGAACACACCGUCGAUUACGUUCGAUAUCCCAUGGAACUGCAGAUGAUUCACGUUAAAAGAGGCUUCAAUUCUCCCUUGGACGCUAUCGUCCUGGGCGCUAAAGACGGCGUGAUGAUCACCGCGUUCCUCUUUCAGAUUACCACCGUGGAUAAUCCGUACCUGGACCACAUCGUGACAAAUUUAUGGCGCGUCGGUCAUCCCGGUGCAAAAGUUUACAUACCUCCGUUUCCACUCGAGUGGAUGUUUCCCCCCUUUGAAAAGAAUUACUACACUUACAGCGGGUCUCUAACUCAGCCACCGUGCAGCGAGGUUGUCACUUGGAUCGUUCAGCCGGAACCAAUCGCGAUAUCGUCUGCACAGGUUUCCAAAUUUCGAAAAAUUUGUUCUGCGGAUGGUCCGAUUCUUCUGAAUUCAAGACCCGUGCAGAAACUCAACGAACGAAAUGUCUACCUACACGAAUGAAUGUGUAAAAUCUCAUCUCCGUGAUUCAGAGUCCGUACACAUCGUAUAGUUUUUCUCAUUUUUGCUAUUGUCCGAUGGUUUUUUUAAUUUUUGGAUCGCUAUUGUAGGUAUACAACAAUUAUCAUUGCAGCUCUAUAUAAAUAUACACCUAAUUUAUUAUCA